AUGGCAUCAGACGCGCCAGCCGCUUCCUCACACCCGGAAGAAACGAAAUCGCAGGAGCGAUGUGGCGAAGAAGCUAUGAGUCUCCUCAAUUGCCUGGUCCAAGGGAAGGAGGAUUGCACAAAGAGAGACAAGGUUGUCAUGGUCAAGAACGAGGAGGUGAUAGCAAGCUCAGCAUCGGUGCUCGAAUAUCUGUCUCUGGUGAAGGGCAACCGAGGCAGGAUGGGAAGUAUGCGGUAUCGGUGGGUACGCAAUGUCGGCAGUAAAUCUUUCCGUCUGCAAGAAAUUGUCGACCGCUUGGCCAAGGACGUUUUCUAUGACAUCAACAAGUGCGAUGGAGAUAAUCUCAGCUCCGCUGAGAGAGCUUCGUUGCUGGCGAGGCAGGGUGUCUUAGCUUACAUCUGCGAGCCGAAUUCUCUGAGAGACAUUCUGGAGCACAACAUCACGAUUGCACACAAUGAGCUGCAAGAAAGAAUGCAACAUGUUGUGGGCGAUAAGGAGAGCAAAGAUGAGUCUACAGUUAUGAUCUGUUUGUCCUGGGGCACAGCUCCCGAUCAGGCCGGCGGAAGGUCGGCGGAGAGGAAGUAUGUUGAUGUCGUCGUUCACAUGUCUGCCCAAGAAAUCUUCGAUGAUGACCAAACUUUCGUCCGUAUUGUCAAACCGAGCAAGAAGAAGACUGUUCAUGACAGGAACUCUACGAGCUCGGCAAGAGCAGGGAAGAAAGAAAGUGAGAUAACAAUCAUGGCCACCUCGGAAGGAAGGCUGGAAGAACACGAUUUCGCUCAGCUUGUGGUUGUCAGAGGGAAGGAAGUCAUUGCUUCUGAAGAAAUCUCGACGGACGUGAUCUGCGAGAUGGCGGCGAUGGAGUUUGCUAAGCGAGGAUACACCCUUGUUCGCUGUCGCCUCCUCGUCGAUGAUAUCCUAGGGGCUGACGAAGUCUUCGUGGUCGGGUCGCUUCCUCUGUGCUCGUCGGUGUCGCGGGUGGAGGUGGAGGGAGGAGAUGCAGGAGACGUUUGGGAGAGAAAGCAGAAAACUUCGCUCAGUCAGUCCGUGAAAGAGAGUCUGAGGGAGGCAAUGCUUGCGCAAACAACUUGA